AAAUGUCCGUUGAACAAAACAAAUUACAUUUCAGGCUCAUAACUUCAUUUUCUUUUUCCCUCAGAAAAAAAAAAUGGAAUUCCCAAAACCUCCUCCAUUCCCCUCAAACCCUCUCUUAUCCCUCUCCACCUUCAUCCACCGUCUCGGCGCUGAGCUCGCCACCCGCCUCCACCAUACCAACCGUCUUGCCUCCAACUUUGCCGCCGGUUUCUCCCCCUCUGCGACUUCCCACCAUCGUCCGCUCUUUGCCUCAGUUUCUCAGCCGAAGGCUGCGGUAGCGGCGGCUGCCACGUUGAAUCCCGAGCAAGUUGCGAAAACUCUAGCCGGCACCGCUGUCUAUACAGUGAGCAACUCCAACAAUGAGUUCGUGCUUAUCUCUGAUCCCAAUGGAGCCAAGUCUAUUGGCUUACUUUGCUUUCGCCAAGAAGACGCCGAGGCUUUUCUUGCUCAGGUUCGAUUACGGAGAAGGGAGCUGAGAAGUAAUGCUAAAGUCGUGCCGAUUACACUUGAUCAGGUAUACUCACUGAAGGUUGAAGGAAUUGCAUUUCGUUUUCUACCGGAUCCAAUUCAAAUAAAGAAUGCACUAGAGCUGAAAUCUGGUGACAUCAAAAGUGGGUUCGAUGGAGUUCCAGUUUUCCAGUCUGACCUCCUUGUUGUGAGGAAGAAAAACAAGCGUUACUGCCCAAUAUAUUUCAAUAAGGAAGAUAUUGAAAAAGAACUUUCAAAGGUUUCAAGGGCAUCGAGAGGACCUGGUGUUUCUCAGCAAAUCAUGUAUUCAUUUCAUCCAAUAUGUUGGAGCAGGUUGGAAGCUUGGAAGACGUUCUGAAGAAAAUGGAGAUGAGCGAGAAAAACUCGGGCUGGGAAGAUCUAAUAUUCAUUCCACCCGGUAAAAGCUAUUCUCAACACCUCCAAGAUGUGGUGAAAGUAUGAGGCAGUUGGGAUGUGACUUUCGCCUGUCCAUUUGAUAACAUAAAAAAUGCGAUUACAGCAACUCAGAAGCUCUUGAAGUAGAAUUUGGAAUGGAAGAGAUGGUAAUUAAGAGUGGGAUGUACACUGUCUGAUGGGUUCUCCAUAUGUUACCGGAAAAAAAGGAAGAGAAAAGAAAUAGGCAAGGAAACCUAGUAGUGCGGUCAUUGAUAUGCAUAUUUAUACUUUGAACGAGUAAAUUGGUAGAGAAAGCAUUAGUUGUGUCUUGGCUUACAUCUUACAUUUCUUCAUCAAGGAAGAGUUUUAAGAAAAGCAAACAUAGAAUUGCAAAUUAUUUGCUAAAAA